AUGGUGGGCGUCAUCCCAGUGUCAGAGCAUAUCCUUGGCACCAUGGCCGGGGGAGCGGCGGAUUGCACCUUCUGGCUGCGAUACUUGGGCAUGCAGGUGAGGAGCUAGCUCGCUUGGCCGCUCUUUGAAGCUGCUUUAAACAUGGUUUUCGUGAGUCAAAGUUAUUUGAAAUCGUGUUUUGUGAGCGAGAACGACGCAGCACACAUUUUCUAGGAAAUGUCUCGGAUGCUUCUUUCGGAUGAUGAACGUAUUUUACACUCCGAAGCCUUUCCCCACCAGCGGGACACUAGUACGUACUUUUGAUAUGGCCAUUCACUAUCUAUGAAAUCAGCGGAGAUUAGUCGUUGGCAGUGUCUCAUUUGCCAGGACUUCAGUCGCUCGCAGUAAACGGGGACAACCCCCCUCUUGCCAUAUUCCCCUGCUGGCUGUGCAAAUGAAAACACCUACAUGCUCCGUGCUGGCCUGGUAGGAAUAUGUAGGUUUUACAAAAGGUUGUCGCAUACAUGACCACGUGUACACCCCCCCCGCCCGCCAUGCCGCCAACACGCACUUAUCGCGUGAGUCCCCAUCUCGCAAUUAGGCCAAGGUUUUCGAAGAUCGAAAUGGGUUCCAAAUGCCCGUCGCCACAGCAGCGCGGGUGCUCGCGGACGCUCUCCUGGGCCAGAGAGGGAAGGGGCUAUCGGUGGGCACGAUGAUCAUGGGACACGACAGGGGCAACAGAAACAGGAGCGGCAGAAGAAGCGCCAGCGGCGGAAAUCAAGGCGCAGGGCAGCUGUACUAUGUGGAUAGUGACGGUGCAAGGGUGAAGGGGCGGUACUUCUCUGUGGGGUCAGGGAGCACGUACGCGUACAGUGUCCUGGAUGAAGGGUACCGGGACGGCAUGUCUCUGGAAGAAGCCGCCGAUCUCGCCAAGAGGGCGGUUCGUCACGCCACCUAUAGGGACGCGUU